AUGGAGAAAAACGGGCUCGUCGGUGGAAUACCGAAAUCGCUCGGGAACGCAAGCGCGCUCAAGGCUAUUCUUUUAUCGGGGAACGGAUUGAGUGGCGGGAUUCCUAAGGAGGUUUUGAAUCUCGAGUACCUCGAGAGUUUUAACGUCUCGUACAAUCGUUUGAGCGGGAAAAUACCGGCUCAUAAGGUGGUUAUUCCGGCCUCGGCUUUCGAGGGGAAUGCCGGUUUGUGUGGGAAACUGCUUCCUCCGUACCAAUCGACCACAAUAUGGCUCGCCUCCUCCAAUCGCAACAUCCUCGGCGAAACAGGGGCUGGGCAGACCGACAAACUUCAACACACCGCGGCAACACCAGAGGUCAAGGAUUGCAGAGGAGGGGCGGCGGUCGAACGCGACCACCAGCCGACACCGCACCGCCGCCGAGGAAGGCGACGCGAGAGAAGAGAAAGGCGCUAG